AUGUCGACACCUUCAGCAGAAGCGACUAAAACGAGCAUCGAAGAAUCACCAGAUGUAGCUGCUCCUGCCGCUCCUCCUGCACCUGUAAAUGCGUCCGUAGACCCUCCUGAAGAGAGCGCCGAGCAGUUACCGUCAGAAACCAUAGGCGAAGCUGACGGAACCACGAAAGCUGGCGAAACCGGAGAAGUUAGCGAAACCGGCGAAAUCGCGAAAGCUGGUGAAGCCGGCGAAAGCGAGCAAGCUGCCGGGGCGGAGGAAGAGGAGGAAUACCACAGCGAUCUUGAGGAUGACGUGGAAUUAGUUCCGAGACGACGCGGCGCGAGCGAUGAUGAGGGUGAAGAUGGAGAGGAGGGCGAUGAGGAGGGGUUUUUGGAUGGUGCGGAGGGGGAAGGAGGGGAAGAUUACGAGGAAGCGUAUGAAGAGGCGGAAGAAUCGGAGGGUCUUGAUGAUGGGGCAGGCGGUUACGCGGAAGAAGAUGCUCGUCUCGGCGCGGCUGACGUGGCAAGUUCUGACGGGGAGAUGCCAGGGUUUGGUGACGUGGCGGCAGCAGGAGGGGCAGCAUCAGGUCCGGAAGUGGUCAAGGUAAUUGGCGCGGAGGGGACAGACCGGCCGGGGGGGGAGGUACAAGGCGCGGAAGCGGAGAGUACAGCGGAGGGCCAGGGCGGAGCAGCGGAAGGGGCUUCGGCGGAAGGGGCUGGUGCGGAAGGUGGUGCCGCGGAAGGGGAUGCUGCGGAAGGAGCAGCGGAAGGAGAAGCGGAAGCGGAGGUGAAGAAGGAAGCAGAGCCGUUUGUGGUGCCGACUUCUGGCGCGUUCUACAUGCAUGAUGAUCGCUUCGGCGAAGGCCAAGGCGGAGGUCGAUCCAGGGGCGGCAGGGGCGGGCGUCGGCUGUGGGAGUCCGGGCGGGAGGAGAAGAAGUGGAAGCAUGAUCUGUUUGAGGAGCUGGAGCAGGAGGAGAGCAACGGGUUCAGGGAGCAGGGCGGGUGGGAGCAGCAGCAGUUCUCGGGGCUGGAGCAGGAGGAGAGUAACGGGGUUCAGGGGGUGGGAGCAGGAGCAGUACCCGGUGAGAUGCGGGGGGGCGCGGAGGCCGCCGCGGCAGGAGGGGGGGCAGGGGCGGCUUCUUUGGCGGAGAAGUGGGUGGAUGGCCGCGAGGAGGGGGAGGGGGAGGCGGAGGCGGAGGGAGGGGUCGUGGCAGAGGCAGGUAUGGGUGCGUACGGCACAGGAGACCCUUACUUUGCUGCUGCACCACAGCAAGGGGAGGGCGUGGCAGGAGCAGCAGCAGCAGGAAGAGGAGUGGCAGGAGCGGUGGGUGGUGGUGCUGCUGCUUCUGGUACUGCUGGUGCUGCUGGUGGUGUUAGUGGUGCUCCAAGCGCGUGGCGUGGCGUUAUGGGGUCGGCACCAGCAGCUGCCCCCGUCCCCGGUACUGGCAUCCUCGCUAGCUCUCCCUACGCUCCGUCUGCAUCAUCAGCAGCAGCUCCAGCAGGGGCAGGAGCAGGGGCAGGAGCAGGGGGAGCAGGCAUCGUGUCAAAUCUGACGCAGGGGAUAGGGGCUAUGUCAGUAACCCCCGCUGGAGCAUCUGCUGCUGCCUCAAGUGCAGAAGGCACAGGGGCAGGAGGGGUAGGAUGGCAGGACAUGGGUGCGGAAGGAAGGGGAGGCGGGGGCGGGAGGGGGGGCGUAGCAGCAGGUUUGGGAAUGGGGGGGCGCGGGAGAGGCGGGAGAAGGGGGAGGGGGGGACGAGGGUAUAUGGGGACGGGUUCUGGUGCGGGGGCAGGGGGAGGGGGGGCGGAAGGAGGGGGGGAUUCCGGAAGCUCUACCCAGGCGGGAGCAGUAGGGGCGGCUGACGGAUCGGGAGUGAAGGGAGUAGAUGGGGUUUCAGGGGGAGGAGAAGCAGGAGGAGCAGCAGCAGCUUCAGCUGAGAAUGGAGCCGGAGGUGGUGGUGAUGUAGUGAAAACGAGCACGGGUGCAGCUGUGGCAGCAGCGGAAGGGGCAGGAGCAGGAGGAGGAGGAGGAGGAGGAGGAGGAGGAGGGGGAGGAGCAGCAGCAGCAGCGGUGCCAGGAGCAGCAGCAGAAGGAGGAGCAGGGGGAGCAGCACAGGCAGGGGCACAGGCAGGAGCAACAGCAGUGGGGUAUGCGGAUCAGGUUGGUAGCAGCAGCAGCAGCACUGGUGGAUUAGACGUAACUGCUGAUAUGCAUCAAAACGCAGGGAUGGGAGCAGGGAUGGGUGGAGGCAUGGGCGCAGGUAUGGGCGCAGGGAUGAUGGUACUGGGGAUGGAUGGAUCAACCAUGCAUAUGGACGGGGGAGUGGCAAUGGGGGGCCAGGCCAUGCAGAGUGGGGCAAUGCAGGGAGGGGCGAUGACUGCAGGAGGAAUGGGAGGAGCGGCAGGGAGUAUGAUGAGAGUGAGCGCCCCGGAUUACACGCCCAAGGGCAUGCAGAUGCAGCAGAUGCAGUAUGGGCAGCAGCAGCAGCCAGGAGGGGCGGCGGCGGCGGCAGCAGCGGCUGCUGCAGCGGCGAUGGGCAUGGCGAUGCCGGCCUAUUCCAUGGGGCAGGCGCCGCACUAUGCGUACGCGAGUACUGAAGUCACUUGGGUGCCAGUGCUGACGCCAGGGGGAGUGGGAGCGGCGCAGCUAGCAGCGGGGGGAUACGGGCAGCCGUUUAUAGCAGCAGUGGACCCAUCCAACCCCACUGCCGCCCUCUACUAUGCGCCUGCUUCCGCUGCUGGGCAGCAGGCUGCUGUCUACGCCGCUGGGGGCAGUGCACCUGUGGACAUCUCAGCAUCGAUCGCCUCUGCUGCAGCUCUCUGGAAACCGCCACAGCAGCAGCAGCUGCCAUCCGCCACAGUCUUUCUUUUUCCUCCUCUGCUAUCUUUAUCUUUUCCUCCGGUUGACUCCCCUCCUUGUUCCCGCGCUCCCCUCUCUACCUACCUGCCAGUCACAGAAGUGCUUCCUGGUGACCAGGAGUACCACUCAUCGCAGCAGCAGUGA